AUGGCAAAAUUAAUAAUAGAAAAAGGCGCAGAUAUCAAUAAGGAGCAAUAUCUUUAUAUUGUUUCAGAAGACAAUAAAUUAUCAAUGGCACAGCUUUUAAUUUCACAUGGUGCUGAACUCAAUGAGAAAAUGCUAGAACAGGUUACACUCCUCUUCAUAUUGCUUGUAGAUAUCAUUAUACAAAACUUGCAGAAACAUUGA